AUGGCGACUAUCAAGGGAAAGGACCAGAGCGACGCGCCACCCGAUCACGUCGGACCUCCAAAGAAGAGAGGCGUCAAGGCGGUGAUUUUUAACUGGUACUUCAGAGCACUCCUUGUAUACGCGGUCUACUUUUACUGGCAAUUUUGGCACAAGUUAAACCCACCAGCCUCGGCGGCCUCGGCACUCGAAGAUUGCGCCUGGAAUUUAUUGAAGCCCAAUACGGCGCUCCUCGCCGUGGACCCGAUUGAGCGCUCCGAGUUUCUUGAGCGCCAGGCCCGUUUGGCGGCGGCGCUCCGUGAUGCAGGUGUUGAUGCCUUUGUGGCCGAGCCAUCAGCUUCUACGACGUAUUACGCCAACAUUUCGUACACCUUUGAGUUGUCGGAGCGACCAUUUCUCAUGAUCCUGGACAAGGAUGCGCAGUUCUCCUACCUGGUACCCAAGUUCGAGGCUGGCCGUAUCGCUGGGCUGAACAUGGUUUAUGAGGACAAGAAGGUCAUUGCCUGGCCCGAGGAGGAGUCGCCCUACGAGGUAUUUGCCCGCGAGACGGGCUUGUCCAAGGUUAUGAUCGACGAGCACACCAGGUACAUGAUUGCCGCGGGACUGCAAAAGGCCGGCGUCGAGGUGGUGCCCAUGUCGGAGAAGGUGCAAUCACUUCGUGCCGUCAAGACCGAGUCUGAGAUUGCCAUUCUGCGCGGCAUCAACUCGUACACCCUGCAGCUGGUCCGAUCGCUGCAGAGCUGCCUGUCGCUCGACACGACGCAGGAGACCAUUACCACGGUCGCCCACAACCUAUUCAAGCGCGGCGGCGUCGGCGAGGGAUUCUGGGCCAUUGUGCUCUUUGGUGACCAGGCUGCGUACCCGCACGGCGGCAAGCACGGCAAGACGCUUAGCAAUGGCGAGUUUGUCCUCAUCGACAUUGGAUCCAUCCUGCAUGGCUAUGGCAGCGACGUGACGCGCACGCUGCUGCCCAACGGCGCAACCGUCAGUGCCGAGCUCAUGAGCAUUUGGGAUACGGUGCACGCGUCGCAGGCUGCCGGAUUCAAUCUCAUGCACGCCAAUGAGACGUGCUCGGUAGUCGAUGCCGCAUCGCGCGAGGUCGUGCGCAAGGCGGGCUACGGCCCUUACUACACGCACCGGCUCGGCCACGGUCUCGGGCUCGAGAUGCACGAACAUCCGUACCUCAACGGCGCCAACAAGGAAAAGCUCAAGCUCGGCGAGGUCGUGUCCAAUGAGCCGGGCAUUUACGUUACGGCAGAGCAGGCGGGAGAGAUUGGCUGGAACAAGGGCUUUGGCGUGCGGCUCGAGGACCCGAUUCUGGUGACUGAGGAUGGGGGUGUGCCUCUCAGUGGGCAUCGGGCUCGCUCGCCCUAUGAUCCUUGA